AUGUUGAAAAGAAAUGUGAGGCUAAGGAGGGAGUAUCUCUACAGGAAAAGCUUGGAAGGCAAAGAGCGUUUGCUCUACGAAAAGAAGCGGAAAAUCAGGGAAGCUUUGGAAGAGGGUAAACCGAUUCCUACUGAGCUCAGGAAUGAAGAGGCAGCCCUUCGACAAGAAAUUGACCUUGAAGAUGAAAACACGGCUGUUCCUCGUUCAACAAUUGAUGAUGAAUAUGCAAAUGCGGCUGAUAGAGAUCCUAAGAUUUUGCUUACCACAUCGCGCAAUCCCAGUGCUCCUCUUACACAGUUUGUAAAGGAAUUGAAGUUUGUCUUCCCCAAUGCACAACGAAUGAAUCGUGGUGCUCAGGUUAUUUCUGAAAUUAUUGAAUGGACGUUUCGUGUACUAAAAUGUCAUGUUAUUUUAGUUCAUGAACAUCGUGGUGUGCCAGAUGGUAUGAUUAUAAGCCAUCUUCCUUUUGGUCCAACUGCUUACUUUGGAUUACUCAAUGUGGUUACUAGACAUGAUAUCAAGGACAAAAAGGCUAUUGGAACAAUGCCUGAGGCUUACCCACAUUUGAUUCUUAACAACUUCACUAAACAGACUGGUCAAAGGACAGCAAACAUUUUAAAGCAUUUAUUUCCGGUUCCCAAGCCAGAUACCAAACGUAUUAUCACUUUCGCUAAUCAAUCAGAUUAUAUAUCAUAG